AUGUGCCAGGGAUGUUUGUGUAAACAAGAUCCAGCGUGUUCACUCCUCACUCCACUGUGUGUAUGUGUGUGUGUCGGUUUGUGUGUGUGUGUGUGUGUGUGUGCGUGCACAGGAUUGUGUGUGUGUGUGUGUGUGCGUGCACAGGAUUGUGUGUGUGAGAGUGUGUGUAUUCAACUAUUUCUCUCCUUUUGGAAGAAUGGUGUGCUGAAGGGUGUGUACCCUGCAAGCCCCGCCUCCUGGCUCUUUGUUGCCGUGGUGAUCCUGGCUACCCUGUAUGGCAAUUUUGACCCCUCCAUGGGCCUCAUCUCUAAGAUCCAGGAUCACCUGCCGCUCAGUGUGUCUCUGAGCUCUCAGGAACAGACCAUGUUGUCUGGGUUGGUCUUCAGCACUCUGUUGUGGUUUUCACUCGUCCUCAUGCUGCGUUUCUGUCUGAAGCUCCUCCUGACCUAUCACCGCUGGAUGUUCGAGCAGCAUGGCCGCAUCUCCACCACCACCAAGCUCUGGGUGACUCUGGUGAAGCUGCUCUCCAAUAGGAAGCCGUUGCUGUACAGUUAUCAGAGUUCAUUGCCGCACCUUCCUGUUCCUCCCAUCAGAGACACUCUGCAGAGAUAUCUGGAGUCUGUGCUUCCUCUGCUGAACUCUGCUGAAUUUGAUCACAUGACCCAGCUGGCUGCUGAUUUUGAGCAAAAUUUGGGAAAGUGUCUUCAGACGUACCUGAGACUCAAAGCUCUGUGGGCCACCAAUUACGUACGUCUGCUUCCUCUCUUCAUCCUCUCUUCAUCCUCUCUUCAUCCUCUCUUCAUUCUCUCUUCUCCU